AUGCACCCGCAAGAGUCGCCGGUGUACUCGAGGCCUGACCCCUUUGAAGACCUCAGCGCCGCUCACGACUACUCACGAACGUCGUUCCUCGACCCCAGCACUCCGGCCUAUACUGACACGGACUGGAAGGCCAUGGCUGUCAUGCAGCAGAACCAGAGUGCCUACGCCCACCAGCACCCCUCUCUGGCCAGUCCCUCCGACAUGCAACAACCGCCCACUCCGGCCGACUCGUUCGCCAAUGGCGACUCGCUACACAGGCACCUCUUGGUCGAGACUGCCAUGUUCGACAGCUCGCGAUACGACAUCCUGGCCAUCGAAGAAGUUGAUGCGCUGAAGAAAGAGAAGACAAAGGUGGACGCUCGCAUUGAAGGGACACGCCGCAAACUUGCUCUAGAAAGCAAAGUCUGCGAAGCCGCCCGCUCUCUACACCGCCUUUAUUCGCAAAAGGGCCGCAUCUCGCAACCUCGUAGAAAGAGCUUGCUGGGAGACAGAAGGAACAGUUCGUCCAGUGUCAAGAGCGACAGCGUUGGUCAGGCCAGCGACGAACUUGCUCAGAGCGAGAAGAAGGUUGAAGAGCUGGUUCAGAUCUUGGUCGGUCUCGAAAACCGCAGACAAUACAUUGAAAGCAGGCUACUGCGACACACGGCUGCUGUCUUACAGGCUGCUCACCUCCAACGUGAAGCCGAGUCCGCCGACAAUCUUGCGCCUGACUCUCUGCCUCACAUCCGCGAUUACGAUCAGAGUGUUCACAGCGAUGUCGGCAAAGGGCAGUCGCUUGUCCACAACGAUCAAUUGAACGACUUCAACACAAGGCUACAGUUCCUGAACGGCCAAAUGCGUUCUCUCAUAUCCCAAGCGAAGAAAGGUCGUGCAGGCAGCAUCGACACCUCACCAGACGAGAUUCCAUCUGCCUACCCGGAAGACGACGAGCCCUCGGUCCGCAUCGACAACCAGCUCGAGCAACUACAAGACGGCAUCUUCGCCCUCCUAGAAGAACAUAAAUUCAUCGUCCAAUCGCGCGAGGACACGCUCAAUGGCUCCAAGGAGGAUCAAAGUCUUGUCGAGAAAAGGCUGCAGGGUAUCAAUAUUCACCUGUUCGAUCUUGUCUCUGCCCACCAAGAUAUACAACCACCUCCACGCCCUACCGGUCAAGGAACCCAGGACCAGAUCGCUUAUCUCGAAGAGAAUCUCUCGAACGUCGAUCAAAUGCUGCAGCACUCUGCAUCUCUUCAAGACUCUCACCAAGCUACUGCAAGAGGACUGGAUGAGGCUCGCNCAAAAGCAGACACUCACGCCCAAAAGGCCGCACAAUACGAGGCAGUCAUGCUAGGUCUUUGGGGAAUCAUGUCAUCCAAGGAAUCUGCUGCUGCCAACCGGGAUGUUGACUCGGAUGACGAAGAGCUAGAGCGAACCACAUCCGAGCCUUUCAGUACCCAGGCCUUUACAUCCAAGGUUGAACGUUUGUUUGCCCGCCACAGUGACCUCGAGACCCAGACUGGUAUCCUCAAACGCCAAAUUGAGCAACAACGCGAGCUCGCCGGAAAGUCCCAUGGCGAAGAUGCCGCUCGUGCCAACGAACUUGAAGGACUCAAAGAGCGCGAGCAAGAGGCUCUGGAAGAGAUUGAAGCACAGAGCAAGCGUUUGGAACAACUCGAGGAUCAGAUUGUCGAACUUGAGAACAAGAUUUCUGAACACCAGGACGAGGCACGCAUCGCAGCCAUCGAAGCACAGCACAAGGAAAGUGAUCACCAGGACCGCCUAGAGGAGCUGACCGGAACUCUCAACCAAGCCAAGGUAGCCAGAGAGACGGCAGAGGCCAGUCUGGCUAUGAAGGCAGAAGAGAUGGACGACAUGGAGACGGAAAUCAUUCGUCUUACCACUGAGCUGGCUAUGGCAAAAGCAGAGUUGGAUGGCGCGUACGGCAGCCGUUCCGAGCGUGCCAGGAAGUGA